AUGCAAAAACAGCACGUGAAGCGGGACAUCUCCGUUGAACAGGUCGUGGCAUCGGGAACGGGGUUAGCAGGCAUGAGUAAAGAAGUCAUCAGGUGUGGGCCCCUGUCUCGGAAGGCCAAAACACAGCUGAAGAAGGACACCAGAUGGGUGGUUCUAGUCCCGGGCAAGCUGUUACUAUUCAAGCCCACGCUAAAUGGUUUGGAGUUUCAAGUGAGCGCGCCGGGCACAAAGACGGUAACCUUCGAGGCGGCGAGCUUGGAGGACUUGCAGAGCUGGCUCGGGGCCUUCGACCAGGCGAUCCUCGCGGCCAUCUACGAACUGCGUGACGGAUUUAAGGAAGGGCCCGCCAGCACCGCCCGGGGUAUCGUCAGCAACGCGGCCACGCGCGCGAGCUUCGCGGCCGCUGCCGCGCCCGCCGAGCCGCGCGCAAUGUCCGACCCAACCCCUCCCAAACCCCCGCCCAUGGCGCCCGUGCUCGAGCGCUCCGCGUCGGCUGUGCCCGCGCGCGGCAAGCUGGAGCACUCAGAGGCGUACAACCAGCGCCCGGAGCCGCUCGCGCUUCCGCCGUAUUCCGCUGGAACCCCGCGCGGGUUUGGCGGAACCCCGACGGAACAGCCCGUGAGUCCGGCCGGUUGGAGGAGCGAGCCGAGGCUGGGAGACGAGCGUACGUUGCCGCAGAUUCCGAUGCCGCUUCCGCUGAAGAGCCCCUUUUUGACAGCGGACGCGCAAACCCCUAAAACCCCAACCGCCUUCUCGCCAAGACCCCCGCUCUUCCCAACGAGGCCUUUUGCGGCCGUCAGCCCUGGACACACCGAUAUCAGCUCGCAGUAUUUGCCCGCGGCGAAGCCAACUUCGGUGCCUACGGAGCUGGCGGAUCUGUCGCCCGAAGUCGUGGCCGCCAUCAACGCGGCCGCGGCCGCGCAGGCGAAGGCCACGGCGGACGGGUUGGUGCAGGAUCUCGCGAGCGCGGAGACGCGCGCGGCGCACGCGGAGGCGAUGUAUAAGGCAAUCGCCACAGCGGAAGGCGUCGCAAGCGCAGCAAAAGCGGCCGCGCAAGCCGCAUCGGAGGCGCUCGCGAAAGCCGAGGCGGUCUCCCUUGCAACCGAAACCUCGCAGCGCGACGCGCUCGCGGGCGCGCUCGCGCGCUCCUCGCGCACCGAGCAAACCCUGGCAAACCUGGAGAGCGCGGUGGAAGCGAAGGCCGCGCAGGGCAAGUCCUUUGCGGAGAUGCUCGCUGCGGCGGCGGCAGCCCGGGGCUCUUCCCCGACUAUCGUCGUCAAUUACAACUCCAACAACACCCAGAACAACUUCGCCGGUCAGCCUGCGCCAGCCGUGCCCGCGCCCGCUGAAGCCCCCCGACCCCUAGAGCCGCCGGUCAUCACAGAGGUUGUCGAAGCGCCGGAAUCCGUUCCCCUUCCGGCGGAAAACCAGGCGGAAAACGCAUCGCCCACGAGGAAUGUGAAGGCCAUGUUCACUCCUGGUUGGGCGGGUGUCCUGGGCAAGAAAGUGCCCUCCGGCGGCGAGUCCGAGUCCGGCGACUCCUCGACCGGAACAUCUCCCCCCGGAACCGGAACGCACCGCGAUAGACGGCUGGCGGAGUACUCCGACUCGGACGCCGUCGACUCCGACUGGGACACCGACUCUGACAGUCACCGGGAAGCGACUCCCUCUCCCCCGCGCACGGUAAACGUGCCCGGUACUUACAAACCGGGGGGUAGUCUAGCCGCCCAACUGGCAAAUAGGCUGGCGCGCAAGGAAGAGUCUGCAGCCGCCAGCGAAUCGAGCGCUGGCCAGCGCAGUGAACACGUGGCAGCCUUACCUCCGUCGCCCAAAAGCCCCACCAACCCCCUGGCCGCGCGCGUCGCGCAGGCGGCCGCGGCUUCGAUCAUCCCGCCCCCCGAGCACUUCCUGACGGCGGCCAUCGAGACGGAAGUACCGUCUCCGGUGUCGCCAUCGAGUCCGAUGUCCGCAGCUAGUUCCAAAGGACGCCGACGGGCGUCGACCUCCGACGACUUCGAGCCAAGCGUUCCGCUGACAUCAGCGAUUUCGCCAGCGGAAGAGCCGCAGCUUUUGAAGCCGUCGGAGAUGAGGGGCAAGGCGGGGCUCGGCAGCCAGAGGGCGGCCGAGGAGACGAUGACGUCAGCCUUCAAGGUGUCGACGUCCGCAACCUCCGUGGCGGCACGUGCCGAAGCGUUCCAGAAGAUCGUGGAUGCGUCUGCCGAGAAGGCUCCCGAGAUGAAGAAAACGUGGUACUCGAAGCACGUCUCGACGUCGGAAGGCGUCUACUCGCCGAAGACUCAGUUUGCACAGGGACCGCCCGCGAAACGAAAGUGA